AUGGCAGCACCUCAGGAGCACCACGUGACGGAGGGUGUGUGCCCCUCGCCUUCCAGCCGCAGCAGGUGCUGUGUGGUUCAGAGAUGUGCCCCUGAGGACCCCCACCCAGUGAUUGCAGCUCAUCCCAACCCCACCCAGACCUGGCCCCGGAGGCUCAGAAACCUUGGUCUCCAGGCCAGCAGGAAGACCAAGAAGAAGGAAGGGGGGGCCCUGCGGGCCCAGAGGGCAUCAUCCAAUGUCUUCUCCAACUUUGAGCAGACCCAGAUCCAGGAGUUCAAGGAGGCGUUCACACUAAUGGACCAGAACCGAGACGGCUUCAUUGACAAGGAGGACCUGAAGGACACCUACGCCUCCCUGGGCACAACCAACGUCAAGGACGAGGAGCUGGACGCCAUGCUCAAGGAGGCCUCGGGGCCCAUCAACUUCACCGUGUUCCUGAACAUGUUUGGGGAGAAGCUGAGCGGCACGGAUGCCGAGGAGACCAUCCUCAACGCAUUCAAGAUCCUCGACUCGGACGGUAAAGGCAGUAUCAACAAGGACUACGUCAGGCGGCUGCUCAUGUCCCAGGCCGACAAGAUGACUGCUGAGGAGGUUGACCAGAUGUUCCAGUUCUCCACCAUCGACGCUGCAGGCAACCUGGAUUACAAGGCACUGAGCUACGUGCUCACCCACGGGGAGGAGAAGGAGUGA